UUCGAAGAACUUUAAACCAUCGAGAUGGAAAUUAAAAUAUUAUUGCUGCUGUCGUUAUUUUUUGGAACUACACUUGGACAGUCUUUGACUUGCAACUAUGCAGACUCAAUUGUUCUCGGACAGCAACGAUACGUUUGUACAUUAAAUAUCCAAAAUCCAGCUGGAUUUGAUGAAUUUACAGAAAUCAAUGGAACACAUGUAGAAGGAAGAACAAAUGCUAAUGUGACUGGAUUAUACCUCACAUUUUCGUCUAGAACCAUCAACUUCCCAAGAAUAAUUUGCUCAGAAUUUCCAAAUCUCGCUCAUAUCAACUACGCUCUUAUGGAUGUUGUUGAAAUCAAUGAAAAUACAUUCAGUGGAUGUCCAAAUGUGGAAUGGAUGAGAUUAUGGUACAAUGAGAUUGAAAAUAUUCAUGAGCGAGCAUUUGCCAGCAACACAAGACUUAGAUACCUCGAUCUUGAGAGAAAUAAGUUUACAACUUUACCAGAAAAUGUGUUUAAUGGUUUAGUGAAUUUAGAGGAAUUGGAACUGUCAAACAAUGCAUUUACAACUAUUCCUGAUGGUCUUUUCAGACCUCUUACUAACCUGCGAGUAUUAUUUUUGGUUCAAGCUAAUAUCGAAACUUUAAAUCCAGAAUGGUUUGCUCCUUUAGUCAAUUUAGAAGUUUUAACUGUUUAUGGAAAUAACAUCACAGUCUGGCCAGAAGCUGCAUUAUCAAAUUUAAGGAGUCUUCGUGCUUUUGAAAUCAGCAGAAACCCAAUUGGUAACAAUUUGCCAGCUAAUGCAUUCAGGGAUUUAUCAAAUCUUGAGGAAUUAUUUAUGGCAAAUAUUGGAAUCACAGAAAUUAAUCCUGCAUGGUUCCAGCCGCUCGGAAAUUUGGAAGCUCUGUUCAUUUAUUCAAACUCAUUUAUAUCAAUUUCUGAAGGUGCUUUUGAUGGCCUUAGAAAUCUUCUGGUUAUCGAUAUUGGUGCUAACCACCUCACAGAAUCAGCAAUUCCUGGAAAUUUAUUCCGAAACAUGCCAAAUUUGUUGUGGCUUAUUUGUGACUACAAUCUCAUUCAGACUAUUAAUCCUGAAUGGUUCCAAGGAUUGACAGAAUUAAUCGUACUUGACUUUAAUUUCAAUCACAUCAAUGAACUUCAAGAAGGAGUUUUUGCAGCAUUUAGAGCGAUUUUAGAGAUUGACUUGUGGGGAAGUAACUUGAAGACCGUGAAUAGAAAUGCUUUUGGAAAUAUACAGAAUUUGACAUAUUUUGAUCUUGAUGACAAUAACAUUAAUGCAGUUGAUGAAAGAUUCUUGAAUGAAGCCUUUCCCUUGUCAUUCUUUUACUUUAGGAACAAUCUUUGUGCCAGUGACUGGUUUUAUGAUUUUGCAGCAAAUCGUGAGCAACUCAUGCCAAGGUUCUCUACUUGUACACGUAACUUCGAAUUUAUUGUCGUAACGUCCACGGAACUAGGAGAAGCUUACAGAUUCUACACUGCACCAAAUCCUGGAAUUCAACUUCGUGUCAAUACCAAUAGAGGAGUUCGUAUUGCAUUGACUCCAUUCAAUUUCUUAUGGAGUCCAUCAGUUGAAAUUGUCAUUGGAUCCAACAACAACACAUUAUCAACAAUUAUUAGAAAUCAAGACACUCAAGUUGUUGUCGCUAGCAGCCCAAAUAUCAUCAGACCUGAUCAAUGGACUGGAUUGAGAAUCACAUGGGCAAAUCAUGUUAUUUUAGUGACCAGAGAAGGAGAUCACUAUCCUUUUUUGGCUUAUAACUUGGAACAUAUCUUUCCUGUGCAGUUUUAUGGAAUAAGCUCACCACUAAGUCGUGCUGUUUGGACGAUUCAACCAGUUGAAGCUGACUUUUUGCCAACAAAUGUUUUAAAACUUUAA